AGCCAGCGUGGCUCUCGGCGCGUGGCGGCGCCCCGCAAGCCGCCGGCCCCCGCCCGAAGCUCGGGGUGGCGCGCGAUCCCCAGAGAUGCCCCGGCUCCUGGGUGGAGCGCUCGGAACCGUGGACCUUCCACCUCGAGGGCCCGAGCCCCGCAGGUUCCUCUUCUUCCUCCUUGCGGGUUCUUUCGCGUCUGGCAGUCCCGCAGGCCGGUCCCGGCUGCCUCGUGCAGCCGGCAGAAGUUCUUGCCAUGUCGACGGAUCCGAUCAUGCGGCAGUGCCUCGCGGCGACGUGCAAAGACGCGUUACAGUGGUUCGACAAGGUGCAGGUGCGGAGUACCCAUGACAGCGAGGCGGCAGCGCAGUGCUACCUCUGCAUUGGUAUGCACGCGCUGUAUUUUGUGAAGGUGAUUUUCGUCGGCGAUGAAGCUGAGGACCUAUGCGAGGGCAAGCGACUAGCUUAUGUUGAUAUCCGCCAGGUUGUGAAGGACACGGGCACCCAGCGGGCGUUCGUGCUGAUGAUCACCGAGGUGGCUCGGGGGCCGAUGAGCGGGGACCUGCCCGAUUGGGAGGGUGGCACCGACCGGAUUCUGGUGGAGAGCGAGCAGCGCGAUACCACCUUGGAGCACAUCGCCAUCUGCUGGCAGGCCGAGCACAUGUUCCGAUACUACGAGGUGAAGAAGUUCCCCCUCGCGAGGAUGGAUUUCGAAAAGCACAGGACCACGCCUGUCGGCGACAGCACCGUGGCGAAGCAGAGGCACAACGACAGAGCGCAGGUGCAGCCGUUCAAAGGGUACUCCUCUGAAUUCAAGUUUGCUGGCUAUUCCUUCUUCUUGCGGGACGGCUUCAAGGUAACCUCUGGCCUCAACAAUGGAACCUACUCUCACGAGAAGGGAUGGACGGUCAAGUACAACGCUGCCGAGAUCGCUGUGCCGGCGGGCGCAGAGAUCACCAUCCACGUGGAAGACCCGAGGCCCAUGCUCGAGCUGGAGGCGAGCGUUUCCGGCGAGGACGACCUUCGCACCGUGGCGAUGGCGUACAAGCAGGCGGUCACUGAGCACCUUGGCCAGUAUUACUUGCUAUCCAAUGUGGCUUACCAGAAGCGGAUGAAUCGCCUCGAUGAUCUCGCCGCCUGGGACGGCUGGGAGUUUAUCGUCCGCUCGGAGGAGUUUUGCUUUGCAUGUGUGCUCUUCCGGCGAGAGUACAUACCGCCCAUCUGCGACACCGCGCAGCACAUCGCGGUGAUGCUGCGGUGCCCCGCCAAGGACGCGGAGGGGAGGAAGAUGACCCAAGACAUGGUCGAGGUCAUCAGAGACGAGUGCUGCUUCGUGGCGGACACGCUAGCGCCCGUGUCGGACGUGAAACAUAUCUACAAGGACAUCGUCCAGGCUCGCUGA